AUGCUGGGAGAUAAUCAGUGUGAGACCCUGAAGGACCCUGAAGACCCAAGGCCGUGUACCCUGGGAGGAGUGCCCCAACCCAGCCAGCCUACCGAACCGGGACGUUCAACCCAUCCGGUUUGGUGCGAGAAAUACUUCCAACUUGAAACCCACGUUACCCAGCACCGCGUUUGGACAAACUUCUGCACCAACUGGCCCAUCGACAAAUCAUCGAAGAGGAACGCUACUGCAUUCAGCUUUAUCGUCUGGUUUGGUGCACCAUCCAUACGCCAUUACACUCAAGAUGUGUACGAGGGUCCGCAGAACUAGCAGAAAAUUAAUGAUCAUCAAAUCAAAGAUGAAGUGUCAGUAGGCAGCACCCAGUAGCGAAAGCUUUCCUCCUUCAAAUGGAAUAC